GAUAAUCGACCAUUAAAUCUUUGAUCAUCUUUAACGAAACUCUUGAUUCUAAUUUUCUAUAGUGCUAACCUUCUUGAUAUUUGGUUUUAAAAAUAUGAAACAUUUAAGGUAUGGACAAGGUGGAAUGUACAAGGCAUUUAUGUUUGGAACACCAAGCAUCAUUGUUACAAAACCACAAGUAUGCAAGAAAAUCUUGAUGGAUGAUGAAAACUUUGAAUUGGGAUGGCCUCAAUCAGUGUUAAAUCUAAUUGGAAGAAAAGCUCUCCAUGGAAUUACAAGCCAAGAACACAAGCGUCUUCGUCGAAUAACAACAUCUCCUAUAAAAGGCAAACAUACAUUGUCAUUGUACCUUAGUCUAAUUGAAGAAGUUGUGAAGAGUUCAUUUGAAAAAUGGAAUGCAAUUGAAGAUGAACCAAUUGAGUUUCUUAGUGAAAUGAAGAAAUCCACAUUUGAAGUUAUAAUAAGAAUCAUGAUUGGUAGUGAGAUUGAUCCUCAAUGGUUAGAUAUGGUUGAAAAGGUUUAUACUAUUUAUUUGAAAGGUUUUUUGGCUUUGCCUAUCAAUCUCCCUGGAUUUGCUUAUCAUAGUGCAUUCAAGGUUAGUUCUAGCUAUGUCCCUUUUUUUUUAUCCACUCGUUUAGAGACGAAUUCAAGAUUUAAAUUUGUCUGGUUAGAUCUCUGUUAUAGAUCUGUCGUGAUCUCUUAAAACAACUAUCUUAAGUUAUUUGACAUUUUAAAAGUUCAUGAAGUCCUAGACAAAAUGAUUUUAUUUUUCAUUUUAUCCUUGGUAGUUAUUGUUUAUAAUGAAGAGAGAUUAUAUCUCAAGACAUAAAUGAGGGGUAAAAUAGUCAAAAACCUCUUAAUGUUUUCUUAAAGGACGUGUAAAAGAGAAACAUGAAUGAUAAUUUGAGACGGAGGUAGUAGUAUUGAACUCAUUGUGCUUUUAAAAUUAUCCAUUCAAAUUUAGUGUUUGGUGAAACUUAAAUGAUUUUUCACAUAUAAAUUUAUGUUUCGCGUCGAAAAUUCUGGAGUGUAAUAAGCUUUAAUUUAUGAUGGUUAACGUAGGCUAGGGAAAACCUGGUGAAGAUAUUUCAAUCAGUAAUAGAUGAAAGGAAGGUGAUGAAUAUGAAGGAUGAAUCAAGAUCAAAGGGCAAUAUGAUAGAUUUGAUUAUGGCCAUUGAAGACGACGAAGGAAGGAGAUUAAACGACGAGGAGAUCAUCGACUUGUUAAUCGUUUAUGUGUUUGCAGGUCAUGAAACUACUGCUCAUACUGCAGCAUGGUCAAUUAUGUACUUAGAACAACAUCCUGAGUUCUUACAAAAAGCAAAGGAGGAACAAGAGGAAAUUGUUCAGAGAAGGCAUCCUGAUUCGGAUAAAAAGCUUAGCUACGAUGAGAUGAUACAGAUGAAGUAUCUAAGCAAGGUACAUAUGGUAUACGAGAAUGUAGACCUUUUGAAAGUUCGAUAAGUUUAACAUAUGGAAUUGUGUUCAAAUGCAAGGUAAUCGAUGAAACUCUACGUUGCUCUAAUGUCACCUUAGCCAUUUAUAGAAACGCGAAAAGGACAAUCAACAUGAAUGGUAAGCCUUCGCCUUUUUUUCUCGUCUUCACCUUCAUUUAGCCUAAGUUUUUUUUUUUUUGACAAAAUCUAAUGUCUAAUGUACUAAAUGGAAUUUGUUUUGUGCUAUAUAGGGUAUACAAUACCAAAAGGAUGGAAGGUAUUGACUUGGAUAAGGCAAGUUAAUUUGGAUCCUAACAAUCAUGUGAACCCUAAAGAAUUUAAUCCUUCAAGAUGGGAUGUGAGUAUUCUAAACAAUAGCUCCUUGAACUAAUUUUCUUUACAAAACAACGAUAAUACGCCUUAGUCCCAAGCAAGUUGGAGUCGACUUGCAUUGAUAACACCCUAAGAAGGAUGAUGACCAGGAUUAGCAGAGACAGAUUCAAGAUUUAAACUUGAUUGGUUCAACUUUUAAGUUUCUUAACAUUAAUGUUUUGUGUCGAAAAUACUAGGUUCAAGUUGAACCCCGUGGCUAAUAAGCUACAUCCGCCACGGAAGAUUAAGUGAUCAUGGUUAAAGGCUAAGGAAGUAACACAUUUGAUUCUUAGCAGGAUGAUGAGGUGAAGACAUAUAGCGCGUUUCUUCCCUUUGGAGCAGGACCUCGAUUGUGCCCCGGAGCAGAGUUGGCUAGGCUUGAAGUUUCAGUGUUUCUUCAUUACUUUCUUCUCAACUAUAGGUACUAACAUUAACACACAAUUGAGUUCUGCUACUUCACAUAGUGUUAUUUUUGUUGUUUUUAGUCCAUAACUUGCCUUUGAACUUGUUCUGGUGCAGGCUCGAGCGUCUUAAUCCGAAAACAAGUGUGACAUAUCUACCAAUUCCUAGUCCUACUGAUAAUUGUCUUGCAAGACUCAAAAGGAUCUCAUCAUCAUGUUGAGACUUGUCAUGUUUUCGUUGUAUUUUCGAGCAGAUUUUAAACCUCUUCACUCAUUCCUGUUAUUCAAGUUAAGAAUUUCAUAUUACGCGGUCAAAUCUUUUGGUGUAUAGUCACACUUUCAGGCCAGAGUUAUGUUUCUCAUAUUCUUCAAAAAUGUCGACAGGUGCAUGUCAGAUCCUCCAAAAGUAUUGUACUUUUGAAAUACCCGACAUGGCCGCAGCAAUACUUUUGGAAACUCUGAGCAAUAUUAAAGUUAGUAUUAUCCUUUAACAUUGACUAUAUGUUUCACAGACUCUUCAAAAAUGUCGACUAGUGCAUGUCAGAUCCUUCAAAAGUAGUGUAUUUUUAGAGGAUCUGGCACGGGUGCAGCAACAUUUUUGGAAACUACGAACAGAACAGUCAAAAUUCUAUCUGUAGAUCAACUUUAACGUGGCGAAAAGUACUAGAAAGAAUUGGAAGAUUAAAAUAUCAUGAAAUCGAAAUACUCGAAUCACAAUUCUACUACUGAGGCAAUGAAAAAAAAAGAUCUUAUUAUUUAUUUUUGUGAAAUUUUAACAACUGACAAGAAAGUUUCAUUACAAUAUCUCAGCAAAUGUUAGUCUAAAAAGUGAAUUCAAAA